AUGCUACCCACCGACGAGUCUCCCCUUCCUAGUGUUCCUGCUUGGACCAAUGAAAAAACAGUGCCAUUGCUCUCAUCUAUGGAAGAGAAUCAAGCUCCAAUGUGUCCUCCAUUGAACCCAUUGAUGUCUUAUCCGAUUUACGGUCAUCAAUUCCCUUAUCCAUAUUAUCCAAUUCAAUAUCCAUAUCCUCAGCCAACAAAUCCUUUUUGGAAACUCGGAAAUGAAGGAGAGGAAAAGUUGGAGGACGAGGGAUCUGACAACGAAAAGAGAAAACGCAGACGUGUCCUUUUUGAUCCAUGGCAAUACAGGAAAUUGGAGGAGAGAUUUCAAAAAUCUCCAAACAUUCUUCAGCCUGAGAGGAGGGAAUUCUCGCAAAAGAUUGGACUUACGGAAAAUCAAAUCAAAAUCUGGUUUCAAAACAAGCGCUACAAGAUGCGAAAGCGAAGUCCGGGGAGUUCCGAGAGUUCAGAGUUUCAAUCAAACGAAGGAGCACACCGAUGGACGAGGGAGAACGAAAGUUCCCCGAUUUGUUCGGAGGGAAGCGAAUCCGUUGACACGAACGCCUCGGUGACGAAUCGACUCGACGAGACGAAAUCCUCAAACUCGUCACCGCCUUCUUUACUGAAUUAUGAAAUGCCCGGUUCAUCAUCGAUGCUCACCUAUCCUUUUCCAUUCGGUCAGCCCUAUUUUGAGCCAUCAGCUUUCUACGGGAAUUUCCCGUCUCAUCAUGUUCCAGGUUUAAUGAGCCAUGUUGCGAUUCCGCAUCGCUUUCCCCAGACUCAAAUUAUCGAAACCGAGCAAAAACCAAUA